UCUCGCCAAAUUCAGAAUUAUCUCUCGCUUCUUCCUGCAGGUGUUUCUCUAUCUUUCAAUCGACGACUCCAUUAGAGAAUCUCUGCAAAAAAUUUGCCACCGCCAAAAAUAUAUAUAUAUAAUGGCAAUCAAUAAGGUCGUCGUCCUGGCUCUCUUUUUCGCCGCCGUCAUCGGCGUCGCCUCUGCCGCCGCUCCGGCUGUCUCGUCCGCCACCGAGGCCCACACCACCGCCGCCCCUGCCGCCGCCCCCGCUGGGGAUGACGUCAUUGGAACCGAAGACGGAUCAGCGUCCGCCCCCACCGGCAACGGCGAUGUCGCUGCCGGUCCUCUGGGAACCGGCCCCGACGCUGGUGCUCCCGCCGCAGAGGCUCCCAAGAGUGACGCCAGCUCCGUCUCCGUCUCUGCCGCUGCCGGUAUUGCUGCCGUUGCCGGAUACUUCGUAAUGUAAAUUCAGCUUCGGCGACAUCCCAACAGCGUUUCCGAUUAUCGUCGUAAUCUGGAAAAGUUUAAUUGUACCCAUUUUUCUAUUUUUAAUUGUUUUUUCUUCUGUAUUGUUUACGUCGUGGGAAAUUAACCGCGGCAGGGAAUUGUUCAAUUUUCAUUUUUAAAUCUAUUAAUAAAAGAAAAAAGGUUCUUUGUUUUUUAUUACUUCAUUGGCUCUUUUUGGUUUUCUUCCGCUAUUUUAUUACACUUCUUAUUACAAAAAAGAAGGGGAAAAAAAGAGAUGUAGUUCAAUGCCAAAUUAUUUUCAAUGGAGAUAAUCCAUAGCGAAUUGCGAUAGAUGUUUUUGUUAAAUGAUUUUAGCCAAUUUCACUCUAGUAACAUCCCAACUAUCCAAAAGUGUUACUUAUAUUUCAACGUAUUUAAUAUGAUCAUUCUGGUAUGGAGCACUUCUACUAUGCUAUAUAGUAUUGGUGCUUUAAUGUACAACUUGAAGUUGUACCAUAACAUUAAAUGUAUAAGUUUAGG